UGCGCUGAAAUCUGUGCGAGAUUGCGAGAUGUACAACCCUAAAGUCGUAAUCCGUAACGGUCUUCAAGAUUUAAAAGUGCUGUGGCUUUGUUUCGGUCGCAAAAUGUGGCAAUUUUUCGUAUUAAUUUGAAAAACGCGAGAAUGUCGGAAAAAUUAAAGGAUUUUCAAGUUCUCGAUGUUCUCCGCGGCGGAGCGUUUUACAAAGUUAAGCACAAGGUCACCAACAACAUAUACGCGUGGAAGGCUUACGAUUGUACUGCGUACUCCGACGAACAAAUACAAAAUAUUGUAAACGAAGUAAAAACGAUAAGUAAAGUGUUAUCUGGCAACUUGCUGCGCUACUACGACACAAUACUCCAUAACGCAUCGAAAACUCUGUACUUCGUACUCGAGUACAGCUGCUGGCGCAGCUUGCAGGAGCUCGUCGAUAUCUGCGCCGCCGCUGAUAAGUAUAUUGCGGAAAAUUUUGUUUGGCACAUGUUGUUGGAUCUCGCGAAGGCUUGUAAGCUAGUAGAGACUUUUAAUUUCACCGUUAUAAAAAAAUGCAUAACACCGAGUUCUAUUUACAUCGACGACGGCGGAGAAGUGCGCGUCGACUGUUUCCAGCUGGAGCCGACGGUCGGCGGGCUCGCGGACCUCAUGCGCCAGAUCGGAGAUGUGAUUCACACUCUUUGCUACUCUUGGCAAAGUUGUGAUGGUAAAAAAACCGUGUUUCCGUACAGUGAUGAUCUUCAAGAUAUUGUUUCUCUGGUUUCCGACGAAAGGAAUGCCUGCUUACGCCCCGAAGUAGUUAUCUACCAUCCGACAAUAUUAUCAAAUGUGGAAAGCACUCCAAAGCCAAAACAUUUGUCCGAAAUACUUGUGUCAAAUAAAGACUUCGUUCAUAGGUCUGAUUUGAACAAAUGUGAUUCAGAAAAAGCUGUAGAAUUGUGUAAGAAUAUUAACUCUUCGCUGAAGACACAGUGUAUGACAGAGGAGAGCCCGAUUUACUCGAAUAUUAGCCCAAAACAGAAAGCAAAUAAAGAUAUUGAAAAUGUCAAGUUAAUAAGAGCUUCUUUGUCUCCCACUCUGGCAGCCUUGGCCCUAGAGCUGCCUGGCUAUGUGCCCCGCUGCAGAAAACCAUACAGUGAAUCUAGAGACACUUUUACCAUUGCUCAGAAAGUGUCAGAAGAAACUUUAAGUCACCAGUGGAUGUCCCGGCUUAUGGCUCUGAGAGACAGGGAAGAGUCACUAAACAGAAGGGAGAGAGAUCUAAUGGUCAAGGAAGUUAUGACCAGCCCCAUAAAUGAGAUUGUCUGCAACAAUGAUUCAGAUGUUGGUGAAAGAGGAAGCAAUGGUAUCACCCUGCCGGCUGUCAUUGCCAGCGCCGAGAAGAGCCGCUGGAAGUCGCGCCGUCGUCGGCGCCGAUCAGGAUCCGUGCGUUCGCGCCCACGCCGGCAGAGCUGUAGCUAUGAGGAUCUGGACAGCUCCCUGUCGGCAGACACGGGAGAUGGAAGUAUUAUUGUGACAGCGAAAAAGUUUACUUUGGAUAAUAUGCCUCGUCGAAACAUUUUCCCUGACUUUAUUUCCAAAAAAGUGCAUUUCACACCUUCAAACCCAUUUGUUGGAAGUGAUGAAAGUGUCACUUUAACAUUUUAUGACUUGGAUCAUUUGCAAACUGAAGAUAAUCAAAGCAAACAAAAUGCAUCCGUGAAUGACAUAACAAAAUUUAAGUAUUUUGAUGUUGCAAGUGUGAGAGAGAAGAGAGCGGCCAAGCAAUGGACUCAUUCCUCCCCAUCCAAGCAGGCUAAAGUGUACAGUGAUGUUUCAAAUCAGAGCAACUUAAGAAAAACACCUUCAAAGUUUAGCCUCACAUCUCAAAGCUCAGUAACGUCAGGGAGCUCUAUGGUGAGUGCGCACAGUCACUGGUGCGCCAUGCCCCGCUGCAGUGAGGUGAGUGCAGGUUGCAUUGCUGACCGAACGCGCUCAAGCUUCAAACAUUACCCGCAAACACCUACUGCUCCCAAGGACUUAAAGAAAAGUAAGAUCAGAAAAUCAUUGCUAAACUUUAAAACUCCAUUCAAAUUUAAAUCAUCCACCAAGGUUUAACAAUAUAUGGCUUUUUAAAAACAUUAAUGUUGUGAUCAUCUUGUCAACAUUAAAGUUGUCUUAUUUCUUAACAUUUUAUCAAUAUUAUCAAAGUAGUUUU